CACACCCUAAUUAACUUUCACUUUUAGACUGAGCUACAUUACAAUAUUAAUUUUUCAUGCAAAGUAAAAACAUGGAAAAGUGUGCCAUAAAAUGGCAACACUGUUGCUAGGAUACCGAGCGUUUUUCUAUUGGAGGACGAAAACAUCCGAACAGCAGCCGAACGUUUGAUUAGGUCACGUGGUACUUUUGAGUCUUCGUGGCGUAGCUUGUUCAGCUGCUCGUCGAAGCGGCUGUCGGACGGUUGUCUCUCAGCGAGUCUGCGUACGAUGUAGCGGCCAUUUUUGUUCUUGGUUCAUAAUAACGUGCGCCUAUUUAUGUAUUUAUACGGAUAUUUAGGAAAUUUUCACGAUGACUAUUAUAGUCUUUCUGAUAGAUACAUCAGCUUCUAUGAACCAAAGGGCUUAUUUGGGCGGACGCCCAACAUUGCUCGAUGUAGCCAAGGGCGCUGUGGAAACGUUCGUAAAGGUUCGUCAACGUUCUCCUGAGAGCAGAGGUGACAGAUAUAUGCUUCUAACUUUCGAAGAGCCUCCCGCGAACAUCAAGGCCGGUUGGAAAGAAAACUUGGCAACCUUCAUAAAUGAGCUCAAAAACUUGCAAUGCCUUGGUUUGACUACUAUGGGUGCAGCUCUAAAGCAUGCUUUUGAUGUUUUGAACAUAAAUCGAAUGCAAACAGGCAUAGACACUUAUGGCCAAGGAAGAUGCCCAUUUUACUUGGAACCCUCUGUCAUAGUCGUUAUUACAGAUGGUGGGAAGCUUUCUAGCAAUGCUGGUAUUCAGGAAGAAUUCAAUCUGCCUAUGAAUUGCCCUAUACCAGGCUCUGAAUUGACCCGGGAACCGUUCCGAUGGGACCAGAGGCUUUUCUCUCUUGUGUUGCGAUUGGCGGGUACUCCGGCGGUAGAGAGAGACACUGGCCUAGUUCCAUCUGAUUCUUCUCCUAUUGAUGCUAUGUGUGAAGUUACUGGCGGUCGCUCCUAUUGCAUCACAUCACAUCGUAUGUUGAUGCAAUGCAUCGACAGUCUAGUUCAGAAGGUGCAGAGUGGUGUCGUGAUCAAUUUCGAAAAGAUAGGACCGGACCCACCGCCUAUUGAUGGGAGUAACAGUCGGGAUGGAGGGGAACAGACCGAUGAGAUAAACCAUGAUGGUGAAAAAGAUUUGGACGGCGAUGGUGAUAAAAAUGGGCGCUGGAACGGCGGACAGUAUCAAGCCUCCAUGGGUACGAAUCAAGGCCAAGGGGCAAGCGCUCCUCAGGCGUGGCACUCGUGUCGACGUCUCAUUUACGUGCCGAGAACUGUAUCACAAAAGGGCUUCGCCGUCGGUUUCUGGCCUAUACCUGAAUCAUUUAGGCCGGAUCCUAACGCUCCUACACUGCCUCCUCGUUCAGCUCACCCGGUGGUGAAAUUCACGUGUUCAAGCCAAGAGCCUAUGGUGAUUGACAAUUUGCCUUUCGAUAAGUACGAGCUCGAGCCUAGUCCGCUUACGCAGUUCAUAUUGGCACGGAAACAACCUACUAUUUGCUGGCAGGUUUUUGUAGCAAAUAGUGGAUGCAAGAACACCGAAGUAAGCCACCCAUUCGGCUACCUCAAAGCCUCAACGAACCUCACUUGCGUCAACUUGUUCGUUCUCCCGUACAACUAUCCAGUACUCCUACCUCUGCUGGAUGAUUUAUUUAAAGUGCAUAGAUGCAAACCCACACCGGAUUGGAAGAUGGCCUUUCAACAGUAUUUGGAUAGAAUGCCUUCUUACUAUGUUGCGCCUCUACGAAGAGCGCUAGCGAAGAUGGGCGCCUCCGCUCCAUUGGUCCAGAGCUUGAUUCCCGACACGCAGGAUAACUCACUCAGCUUCUCCGUGCUCAACUAUUUGAAAAGACUGAAGAACCAAGCCAAGAUUGAGUUUGAAAAGCUUUGUGCUGACGUCAUCAAUAAAUCCAAUAGUGCUAACAAUCAGAAAGCAGCAGAAAGUGUCCGAGUUAUGCCUCGUUCUCCACUCAAGAAAGAUCUAACAACGCAUCCGAGUCUGCAAGACAAGUUCUCGGCCCUUCGCGACCAACUUAACGAGUUUGGUGGCUUCGUCGUAGGUCUUUCACGGGGCAGGCAUAAGACUCAAACUCACACUUAUAGGAAUCCUUUCGAUAUUCAAAGGCGGGAUCUUUUAGAUCAGGUGGUCCGCAUGCGCGCGAACUUCCUUCAGCCUUCACUAGCGCAUACAAGACUCGUAGACGAAGACAGUGUUCACUCAAUGCCAGUAGCCCAAAUGGGCAACUAUCAGGAGUACCUCAAGCGUAUGACGCCGCAACUGCGUGAGAUUGAGUCCCAGCCCGUCCGACAGCACAUGUUCGGCAAUCCCUUCAAGAUAGACAAGCGCAUGAUGGUCGACGAAGCGGACAUAGAUCCACUCGGCACCAUCCGAAGUUCGGCCGGAGGGGGUGUAGGCGGCAAGCGAGGGUCAGAGAGUCCCCGGGCGGCCCCGCCGAAGCGCAAGGCAGGGCCAUUGCCACUUCACGUGACGGCACGGCGGCCAUCAUCGCCGGCGCCACCAACACCAGUCGUCCGUACACCACCACCAUUGGCGCCAAUAUCGCCAAUAGCACCAAUGGCCCCGCUGUCGCCAUCGCCUCCCGCUUCACCCGCCGCGCCACAGUCACCGGUCACCACCCGACGACCAGCUUCUCCUCUCGCGCCUGCGCCCUCCGACUUGCCUUCCGGAAGACCACCCGAGGAGCCUCCAACGGUGGAUACUGGUGGCCCCGUCAGCGGACCUCCAACGCCACCGAUCUCUACUCCUGCCGUCGCACCACCAAACUUACCACCCGUCGUCAAACCGUUUCUCAACGGAGACGCUUACACGACGAUGGGUAGCAAGAUGCCGCGGUCUCCCUCUCCUCCACCGGAGCUGCCGCUACCGGCGCCCGCGCCACACGAUUCACAGGAGUUGCAGAUCAAUGCCAUCUUGCAGGGCAUCGCCGCGGAGAAUAACUCCAAUGCUAGGGGCAGGAAGAGGAAACGGAAGGUUAUUACAAGGGUCGAGAAACCGGAGCCGCCGCAAAUAGCACUACCACCGCAGCUGACGCGAAAGGAGCUAGCCGAUAUCCGAAAACACAACCUUAACGUGCGCUCCGAAGUGUAUAGAGCUGUCCGUCGGCCCGGGAAAGAUUUCACGAAAUUGUUCGAACAUUUAAAACAAUUGCAAGGGGGUGUGGACAUUAAAAAAGAAGUGAUUCGCGAUGUGAUCAAUGAAUCGUUGAGGUUCAAAAGGAAAGCCCUUGCGAAACUUCUAGAAGACUUUUUAGCAGGGCUAGAGAAGAAUGGAAGCAGUGCCUCUGUCGGUAUAAAGCGGGUGGCCAAUUCUGUGUACAGUGGAACUAAUAAUCAUAGCUAGUGGUCACCACGCAUUCCGUGGACGUUCUCCACAUAAAGUGGUUUGCCACGGGUGCAUGGAAAACUAAAACAAAACAAGUGCGCCGAUCGGUCAGGUACACAGUGCUCCUUUAAUUUUAAAUUCACCUAAGAUUUAUCUUACAAAAAUUGUGUCUAACGUUUCAUAGUUAAUCCGAUACUUGCCUUGUAUUACAAAGAGAUUAAUAAAAUGAAGAACGCUAUCCGCCUAAAAACAAUGAAUUUUAUGAUCUCUUUGGUAUCAAAGGCUACAAAUACUAGUAGAUUAAAUAACGCUUCCCUAGUCUUAUGUUUCUUUGUGAAUGUCUUGACAUGUUUCUUUGUCCUUGAAAAUAGGCAUUUAAAUUGUAAGCAGUGACCAAUCACAUGAAUCGAAUUUGUGUUUAUUGCGCAAACGCCAAAAGAUUUGUUUGUUAGGAGCUAAGUUUGACAUCAAAUCUCCUGACAAGUUUGCGUCUGCGCAUAUUGACACCAUAGUUUAUUUGACCAACAAAUGUCAUUAAGAGUGUUGAUCAAAAUGGACCAGUUUUCUCUGUCAUUUUGUGUGCGUAGUGAUUAUGGUAUUUGAAAACAAAGCAAUAUGUAUUUAGAAUGUUUUAUAAAACGAGUGUCUUAGUUCAUACAAGAUGACAGUAAUACUGUGUAAUUACAGAGAUUGUAAAUAUCACUGUAAAUAUAGCAUGUAGUAUUAUUACCAAUGAAAAUAAUGUACUUUAAGCAUGCAUUAAUGCAUCGGUUGAAGCGCUUUUCAGUGUGGUGUAAUCUUCACGGUAUGAAAUUAUGAUUGUUAUAAAACACCUUAUUGAACGUUGUUUCUCAAUGCAAUAUUGGAAAUUGAAUCAAUUUUUAAUAA